CGUGGAGUGGGUCAAGCUCUUGCAAACCAUGUUCAGGAUCUGCGUACUGCUGGCUUGCUUCGGGGUGCCCGGGCGGCUGGGGGCACUGGGCGCAAUGAUCGAGUGUGCCCCGUGCAACAAGCAGGCGCUGUCAGCCUGCCACCCCCCGCGGGGCUGCGAGCUGGUGAAGGAGUCCGGCUGCGGCUGCUGCCUGACAUGCGCGCUGGCCGAGGGAGCUGCGUGCGGCGUUUACACUGAGAGCUGUGCGUCUGGCCUCAGAUGCGUCCCUCGCAGUGGCGACAAAGCGCCGCUUCAGGCGUUGCUGCAGGGACGGGCGGUCUGCCGCAGCCUCAAGCGGAGGAACCAGGUCCAGCGGGAAGGAAAGCUCCCAGAUGGUGGAGAGAAGUAUUCCUUAGCAAAGAAAGAGCACAGUGGCAAAAACCAUGGAAUGCAGCUAGCAAAUCCUAGUCAGCAUUUGACACCAAAACCUCAACAAGGAAAUCACCAUUCACCAAAGGGAACCGUGCACACAAUAGUGAACCCUUCCAAAGUUCCAUCUGUCACCACCCCUGUGGCAGACUCUGAAUAUGGCCCAUGUCGCAGGGAGAUGGAAUCAAUUCUCCAGGACCUGAAACCAGAGUUUUUCCGUAGCCCAGAGGACAUUUACAUCCCAAACUGUGAUAAGCAGGGGUUCUACCGGAGCAAGCAGUGCAAGCCGUCAAGAGGCAGAAAACGGGGUCACUGCUGGUGUGUGGAUAAGUAUGGGCACUCGCUUCCUGGGCGACUAAGUAGGAAAAGGCCAGUGUCCUGUGUGCAAAGCUCAUCUUCUGAAGAGGUUGGAUCUUAACCUGCACACACCUCUGAGGGCAGCAUUGCCUGAAGUUUCUAAAGAGAAGAUUCAACUAGAAAGAAUAACUCCAAUCAGCCUUACUCUACCUGUAGAUCACCUCCUAGAAUGAGCCAACAGGCUUUCGUGGAACUGUACCUCCUGGAAGUAGUGUAGUUUAAAGGUUACAAAAUAUGUCACAACUGCAAUGAACAGCUUCUGAAAUUCCACUUUAAUUCUGAUUCCUACUUGUUUUGAACCUGGGAUAAACUUUUUUUUUUCCCCAAAAUGCCCAGUGCCUGACAUUAUCAGAACUCACUAGCAUGGUUUCCGUGCCCCAUAGUUUGACUUAUUUUCCAGCACCAACCUUGAUUCUGAGGUUUAAGUCCUGCUAGUGAAAAUGUUUCUGGGAGAACCAGGUUGUGUCUGGUACUGCUAAACUAUGGCAUUCAGAAAAUGCUGGCUAACUCUCCCUGGUCACUCGGUGGGUGAAAACACCAGCUGUCUUAGUCCUGAGCCAGACAGACCUGGCAGCUCCCAGCUUCUCUACCUGACCAUUGCUAUAUUGCUUGCUAUGACCCCUUCAGGAAAGUGUGUUUGUAGUUGUUGAGCUGUGAUUCUCUCUCUCUCUCUCUCUCUCUCUCUCUCUCUAUUGUAGGGCUUCCUUGGUCCCCUCACACUGGUUAGCUGUCUGAGAUGUUGACAUUGGGGCCAGACCCCAGAAUGAAUCAGCCCCCUCAGGAGAGCAGCAUAUACAAACUUCGAGUACAGGGAGUGUAGCAGUUAUAUUACUGAGUCUGUAAUCCAGACUCUGAUUAAUUCAGCUGAAAACCUGUUCUGUUGCUGACUGAGGAUUGGAGUGGCCACACAUUUACCCCAUAGAUUCGGUCACCUGGAGGUUUAAUGUGUCUCCUUCAUAUCCUUUGAGUAGAAGUUUUCAAGUAAGGUAUUAAACUUCUUGCUUAAUAUAAACUUCUGAAAAAAUGCUGGGUGAAGUUGGAGACUGCAUACUGGCAAACAGAAACUUCUAUUUUAUUUGUCAUAUCUCAUAAUUGACGUGCAGAAUAAUUGGCAUUGACCACCUUAGAAAUGGCUGUUCAUUGAAGUUUGAUUUUCUUCCUUGACAUAUUUAGUUUUGUGCAGAAAUGUUUUUGAAUGGAUCAGAUGUCACUGUCCUGCUCUUCCUCUUCAAACCAUUUCAAAAUCUUACUUUUAAUAUUCUGCCUAAAAGUUCCCUGUUGACUGUCAGGAUGUCUCGGGUGUGUACUGUCCUUGGGCAGUAGUGAGGGCACACAACCCAAACAGUUUUACAUCACUUUACAGGACUUGAUAAGCACUAUGUAUUUUUUUUAUGCAUCUGUAUAUUUAAAUUCCAUGAAAAUAAAUAGUGAAAUAUACUUUAGAAUGUAGAGUGUCUAAAAAUCAAUAAAUACUUCUUUUAUGGUAAA